AUACUACGCGUAUCUUCAGCAAGCUCAAGCAUUUUACACAUUUCCGUUCCAUCAGAUGAUGACUGCAGCUCCUAACAUGGAAAUCAUGACUGAGCAGCCAACUCUAGAGGGCAUUCCAGAGCCAAACAUUGCUCAGGAGCCUCCGAAAGAAGUUAAAAAAGGCGGAAGGAAAAGAAAAGCCAAAGCAACUGAGCCAAAGCAACCCAAAAAGCCUGCUGCUAAAAAAGAAAAAUCAGCCAAGUCAAAAGGCAAACAAGAAAAAAUCACAGAUACUUUUAAAGUCAAAAGAAAAGUGGACCGUUUUAAUGGUGUUUCUGAAGCUGAACUUCUGACCAAGACUUUACCUGAUAUUUUGACCUUUGAUCUGGACAUUGUAAUAAUUGGCAUAAACCCUGGCUUGAUGGCAGCUUACAAAGGACAUCAUUACCCUGGACCUGGAAACCAUUUUUGGAAGUGUCUGUUCAUGUCUGGUCUAAGUAAUGAACAGCUGAACCAUAUGGAUGACCACACCUUGCCACAUAAAUAUGGGAUUGGAUUUACAAAUAUGGUUGAAAGGACAACACCUGGAAGCAAAGACCUCUCCAGCAAAGAGUUUCGGGAAGGAGGGAGAAUUCUGAUGCAGAAGUUACAAAAGUAUAAACCUCGUAUAGCAGCUUUCAAUGGAAAAUGUAUUUAUGAAAUUUUUAGUAAAGAAGUUUUUGGAAUAAAAGUUAAGAACUUGGAAUUUGGACUGCAGCCACACAAGGUGCCAGAUACAGAAACUCUCUGCUACGUUAUGCCAUCAUCCAGUGCAAGAUGUGCUCAGUUUCCUCGUGCACAAGAUAAAGUUCAUUAUUACAUAAAACUGAAAGACUUACGGGAUCAACUGAAAGGCAUCGCACCAAACACAGAGGUGCAGGAGGUGCAGUACACAUUUGACUUGCAACUUGCACAAGAGGAUGCUAAAAAGAUGGCUGUCAAAGAAGAAAAAUAUGAUCCAGGUUACGAAGCAGCGUAUGGAGGAGCUUACUGUGAUCGUGCACCGUAUGAAAGUGAACAGUGCAAUUUCUCUUCAAAUGGAACUGCAAGCAAUCCACAGUACUGCGAGGGGUCAUCCUUCGGUGAAGUUCCUAAUGGACAAUGGAUGACACAGUCCUUUGCAGACCAGAUUCCAGAGUUCAGUGCUGGUAUGACACGGGAAGAGGAGGGAAGCAGCGCCUAAGAGCCAUUUCUUCUCGGCUAUGCAUACAUGCUGCAGUUUUAAUGCAGUGAUCAAGAUUGGUACCUCGGUUCUCCAACUGAAGCAUUUUAGUAGUAUUUUAUCUCCCCUAGUUAUUUUAUGAUAGUCCCAACGUAAGUGUGUGGUAGGCUCAAAUCAAUGAACUAGAUAAUUUUAAGGAACUGUCCAAACUUUUUUAAAAAAAGUUAGCCCUUUUUUGUAUAUGAGUUUUAUAUUUAAUGUAUACCAUUUCUUGCAGUUUUUGACAAAUUGCUUUCUCAUUUGUGAUGAUUCCUUUGGGGCGUUAAUUUUAUUCCAUACAUCGUAAUGUAGUAGUAACAGCAGCAGUACACUUUUUACUGAUGCCUCAAUAUUUGGAUAUGUCAUAAUCCUUUUAUAUCCAGAGGGGAAAAUGGGAAGUGUACCCUUAUUUUACAUGAAGUGGUGUUUUUAAUCAUGCACAGUUAAGCAAAUUGUGCUUUUUAAGUCUGCCUUUUAC